AUGGACGAACUCAAAGAAUGGGUUACCGUUGCUGAAAUCAAGAUGAAAGAGAAUGAACAGGAGAAGUCAUCUGCUAUGAAUGUAAGUGGAGAAUUAAGUUCUCUUGCCGGCACUAUUGUCAGUCCUCACUCCUCCAUAAAUAACAGUGUCACAUCAGAAAUGACGACUCCGAAAAUGCUCGGCCUUCCCAAGAAGGGGGCUACUAAUUCGGGGGGGAUGUUUCGUAGAACUCCUUUAGGGAUGGAUAGUCUAAAUCCGUAUGCAGAAGUUUUCAGUCGCGCUUCAGUCGUUCAAAAAAAUGUCAGUGAAGAAGAUACAGUCGUCGAAAAGAUAUGGACAAAGGAGACGAAAACCGAGUUUGUGAAAAACCUAGGGUUCUACGACAAAGAACAAGUGAACGUGGAAGAUGGCAUAAGGGAAGAAUUGCGAAAGGGAAAGGGAACUAUGACGUGGUUCAAGCAUCUUAGAGAAGCCAACGCUCGUCUAAUGAACUCUGAAUUCGGCGCUUAG